GGUGCUCGUACGGUUGGUUCAAAGAGAAAUGCUUAAAUCAGUAGGCAUCUGGCAUCUUUUCAUUUCAUAUUUCAUAAUUUGCAUAGUUUUAAAGAUAUUUGAGUUAUUUGCCUAUGCGAAGGCAGGGAAUUACAUUUUAUUAUCAAGUACAUAAAUAACUCGGUUUUGAUAAGUUGUUAACUUAUAUUCCCAUUCAGAGAAGUCAGAUAUAAUAUAGUUGCGUCAAAUAUAUACAAAUCAUUAAAUUCCAAACAACAAUAGAAACAGAAUUGCCGAACAAAUUAGACCAGUUUGACCUUGCGCUUGUUCAGUCAACACCAGCGAUGAUAACACUACUUGCUAUCUCGAUUUUAAUAAUCGCCGUCUACAGUUUUGUCUACAAACAGACGAAGUUUUGGGUAACAAGAAACGUAAAACAAAAAGGAAUCCUUCGAUGCUUCACCACAAGCUAUUUAUCGCUUUUCAAUGGAAAGGGAGCUGAUACCACUAUAACAGAACUUUAUAACGAGUUUCCGGGUACAAGAUUUAGUGGUACUUAUCAAUUCGGCGCACCAAUAUUACUGCUAAGAGAUCCAGACCUAAUUAAGCAAGUAACGAUAAAGGACUUCGAAUAUUUUCAUUCGAGAAGAGUCUAUAUUCCCGAAGAUAUUGAACCGUUGUUUGGCAAGGCUCUUCCUGCUUUAAGUGGUGAGCGAUGGAGAAAUAUGAGACAUACGUUAAGCCCAGCUUUUACUAGCAUCAAAAUGAAAGCCAUGUUCUUACUUAUCAAAGAAUGUGCUGAAAAUUGUACCAGACACUUUCUAGCAGAAGAUUCAGAUGUCACAUCAGUUCAGUUCAAAGAGCUCUCGGCUAAAUUCUGCUCGGAUGUAAUAGCCACCUGUGCCUUUGGAAUCAGUGUAGAUUCUUUUGCAGAACCGAAGAACGAUUUUUUUACUAUAGGUCGUAACGUUACGAAUCUGGUCAAAUUUAGCAGACUACUGAAGUUCUCAGGAUAUAUGUUAGCUCCUACAUUGUAUAGAUUAUUAAACAUCAAAUUUACCGAUGAGGAAGAGAGUGCUUUUUUCUACAACUUGGUAGACGAUAGUAUUAAAUCAAGAGAAGCAAAUGGUAUUGUAAGACCUGACAUGAUCCACCUCUUAAUGCAAACAAGGAAAGGAGCUAAAAUAGAAGAAGGGGACCAUGGAGGUGAUCCUGGUUUUGCCAGUGUUAAAGAAGUGGAAAUAAAAACUGCAAAACGACUUACCGACUUAUCAAAUGAAGACAUCACUGCUCAAGCCUUCCUUUUCUUCUUUGCGGGAUUCGAAUCAGUAUCUACAUUGAUUUGCUUUACUGCCUAUGAAUUGGCUGUAAACACGGACAUCCAGGAUAAACUGAGAGCCGAAAUUAUGGAAACCCAUAAAAAAACUAAUGGAAUAUUGACAUAUGAAAGUCUCGUACAGAUGAAGUACUUGGAUAUGGUUAUCUCAGAAGUCCUUCGAAAGUGGCCAUCCCAAGUUUUUGGAGAACGAGUGUGCUCCAAACCUUACACCAUUCAACCUACAACCCCAGAAGAAUCGACUGUACAUCUCGACGAAGGAACAGUCUUAUUGUUGCCAAUUUUCGCCAUACACAGAGAUCCAAAAUAUUACCCAAACCCAGAUCGUUUUGAUCCAGAACGGUUCAGCGAACAAAAUAAAGAUAAAAUACUUCCUUGCAGUUACAUACCGUUUGGUGCUGGGCCGAGGAACUGUAUUGCAUCGAGACUUGCUCUUUUAGAAACCAAAAUUCUUUUUUAUAAUAUGCUUCUGAAAUUUGAGAUUGUGCCUGUGGAGAAAACAUGUAUACCGGUAAGGUUGGUGAAAACUCCAGCUGUGUUGUUAAUUGAGAAUGGGUGUACUUUAGGAUUAAAAAGAAUUAAAUAAAAAGCUAUAAAAAUAGAUACUAGUGAAACCAUUCUAAAAGUAACAAAAGUUUUACCAUUUUCGAGUAAUAAAUAAAAUCACGUGUAAAGCGCGAUGAAAGGUCUAAAGAAAGUUAAUAAAAUAUAUUGAUUUUAAAAAUUA